AUGUCGGAUUUAAAACAAAAUUCUCCUAUGUUUAAUAAAUAUUUUCAAGAUCGACGUAUUCGUCGAUAUUUAAUAACUGCUGGAUUAAUUAAUCGUCAUGGUGAUAUUUUACCUCCUACAUCUGAACAAAUUGCACGUGCACGACGAAUAACACAACAACGAAUUGCAGAUAAUCCUGCAAAACAAGAUGAUGAUGAUGGUGAAGAAGAACAAAGUCGAAAUGGAACUAAUCGUUCACCAAGACGUUCUCGUAAAGAAAAAACUAAAAAUUCAAAACCAAUUCGACGAGGUGUUUCACGUAAUUUAUCAAGUAUUCGUCGUUCACCAAUAUCAACAGAUCGAAAACGUUCGCCAAAUCGUGCAAAAUCUGCUCAUCAACGAUCACAAGAUUUCUCAAGAUAUUUUAUUAAUAAUUCAGCUAGAGCAAAGUCACCGACUAAAGAACGUUGUCGAGUAACAAUGAUGUAUUACGGACCACAAACGAAUUUUGAUUAUGAUAAUUGUUGGUUUCUACCACACGGCGAUGAAAUUACUGUUUCACAACAACAUUGUGGCGGUGAAAAUCUUAUUGUUUUUAAAGGACAUGUUAAACCUAACGAAAGAUUUGCAUUUGAUUCUCGACGUCAUCCAGAUUAUCCAUUUGCAUUGGCUCUCUAUGUAAAUGGUGUUGCUAAGAGUCGAAUAUCAGUUUGUUGUGAAUAUAAACAUAAACGUAAUAUACCAUUAGAUGGAAAAAAUGGUCUAUUUGGUAUUUGUGAUGUAAAAAAAGUAACACCAUGUGAAAGUUGUCAACUUCGACAACGUAAGAAACAAAUACAAUCAAAUAAUGAUUCAUUUGAAGCUCAAUCAUCUCGUAAUCAAAAAUCAAUUGUGCCACGUGUUUCAUCGGAGAGACGAUCUUCCUCUUCAACUAAAAAACAAAAACCAGAUUCAUCUCGUAAUUUAGUAGUAUUUAAACAUCAUUCUCCAGAAAUAUCUCGAACACCAACACCACCGUCUAAAGAAAAAAAAGUAAAAAGAUCAGUAUUAUCUACUCAAACUGUACAGGAUGACUCUAUUAAAUAUGCUCAUCAUCCAGUUACAUCACAAAGUAAUGAUAAUGAUGAAAGUUAUACUUCAGAUUUCGAUGAAUCGAAUGAUAAUGAUCUUCCAACAUUGAAUGAUCGAUAUGGUCGACCACGUAUUUCUGAAUCCAAUUCCAUUGACGAUCAAAGACGAAGUCAUACUUCAUCGAGAAAUUCAAGAAAACUUGGUUUUUCAGAUGAUGAUGAUGAUCGUAGAACUCCAGUACCACUCGAAAGAAAUCAUACUUUUGAUCGUUCAACAAAAAUAUCGAGUACUAUGCCGAAAAAAUUGGAUUCUUCCGGAGACGAAGAUAAUAAUCGACCAUUUAAAAUAAUGACUGGAAAGAAUAACACUAUUAAUCGUACAAGACAAUCACCACCUAGUAUUCACAGAAAAUCUGAUCUUUCGAAUGAUGAAGACGAUCAUCAUACAUCCAGCGGAAGAAAUAAUAGCCGAGGCCACUCAAAAAAAUCACCACCUAAUAUACAAAGAAAAUCUGAUCCUUCGGAUGAUGAAGACGAUCAUCGUACACCCAUCGGAAGAAAUUAUAGUCGAGGUUAUUCAAGAAACUCACCAACUAUUACUCCGAUAAAAUUUGAUUCUUCUGAAGACGAAGAUAACAAACGAUUUAUUACUACAGUAACUGAAAAGACUAAUAAUCUUAGGCAAGCAAGACAAUUACCGUCUACUAUUCAACGAAAAUCUGAUUCUCCUGAAAAUGAUAAUCAACUAUCGCAUAGAAAGAACAAUAAUUAUAAUCAUUCAGAAGAUGAAAGUGAUCAUUAUAUACCUAAAACAUCAACUGAUAGAAAAAAUAUUACUGAAAGUCCGCAAAGUCCUUUGUCGGAUCUAUCAAGAAAAUCUAAUGAAAAUAAUAAUCGAUUUUUAUCAACAAAAACAACUGAUCAUGAAACUGAUGAUCGACGACCAUUCUCAAGUUCCAUAAAUCGUAAUCAUAAAGAAUCACCAGUUCGUCGCACAUCAACAAGUUCAACAGAAGUACCAAAUGAUACUCAUAAGAAUAAUUUCGAUUCAACUUUUGAUACAAAAUCAUGGUUUACUGAUGAAGGUUCUGAUCAAAAAUAG